ACAAGUUUUAUUGUUGUGAAAAUGGCGACUACCGGAGUGGGUUUUCGGUGGCUAGAUAUAUUAGAAAAGGAAUUCGAUAAGGCAUGUGUCGAAUUAGACACGUCUCUGUCUGAGUUGGAAACUGAAGAACCAGAGGUUGUAUUCUCAGCCCGUCAGAAGAUUGCUACACUCAGCUCAUGCUUUGCACAACUUACACACAAGGCACUGACUAUAUUCCAGAACAGUGCUAAACUAGAGGCGGAGCUCGUGGAUAUGAGAGCAGAAUUGGUGCAAGCACGUGCGUCGACUGCUGGCAGAUGUCAGGAUGGUGGAGAUACGGCGGGUAAUGUGCCUGAGGCAGCACGCGCCCGAUCGGAGGCGAACCAACUGGCUCGGGAAAACGCCGCGCUACGGGAGACUGUACUAGCUUUACAUUCCGAACUAUUUGGUGCUAGACUGGCUACGAAGUAUUUGGAUAAGGAGUUGGCUGGAAGAAUUCAGCAGUUACAACUACUCGGGAGGGACAUGCGCGCCGAACUUAGAGACUCGUUAUGGGCUCAGGUAGAAGCGGAGAUACUGCUGCAGCGUCACAAGACUUUAGUGCGCGUGUGCCGCGGAGUGUCCCCGCGACCGGCGCGGCCUCCUCCUCCCCAGGCCGCUCCCCCUGCUCACACGCACACUCCUCACCCGCCACACUCGUCACACACGUCACACCCGUCACACGCGCCGCACCGCGCUCGCCCCCGCACCGUGCGCGUGCGCCGCUCGCCGCAUCUCGGGCUGGGCAUCUCUGUCACGGGCGGUCGUGAGCACGGGGUGCCGAUCCUGAUCUCGGAGUUGGAAGCGGGCGGGCCGGCUGCUCUCACCGGCGAACUAUACGUCGGCGACGCCAUCCUAGCCAUCAACGAUCUCGACCUUACGCAGGCGUGUCACAAAGAAGCAGUACAAGCAUUACAGAGUGUUAAAGGGGAUUGCGCGCUUUGCGUUCAGUUUAUAGCGACCGACGACGAUGACAGGCUGUCAGAAGAUAACUACAGAUUCCCACUGUACCCCGAGGAUGGAGAGGUAUUCGGGGGUGAACAGGAUGGUUCGGGUGCAACCCCCACAGCCCCAAGAACACCCGACUACACUAGGUAUACUUACAGGGCAGAAUCAGAUGCAGGAUCGAGGUCAAGGUCGGAUUCUGGAUCGAGGUCUGGCAGCGAGUGUUCCUCGCCUCAGUACCGCGCGCCGGUCGCAUACCCCGACUAUAAUUCGAUCAACAACAAUCUGUCCAUACUCGAUAUGGAUGAUGACUCAAUUAAGAUUGAAACACGUCUGGAUUUAGAUACCUACCAGGUCCCGCGCGUGCGGUCGGCUCGGUCCACGCCCGUACACACGCGGCGUCCCCGCGCACCGCAUCACACACCGCAGGACUGGCGUACGAAAGGCACAUACGUAGCACUGCAGCCGGAGGCGCCUGUGCCGGAUACCCCGCCCCCCGCGCCCCGCACCCCACACACCACACCCGCCGUCGCCGCCGCCCCCCCCGCAGCUACCGCGGCCCCCGCAGCCCCCGCAGCACUUGCAGCGUCUGAAGCCCCCGCAGCCCCCACAGUUCCUACGGCUCCCAGUGACGCGACCACCAUCUCAGACGGCAUGCCGGAGUCCCCGCCGGCGGCCGAGCAAGUUCCGCCUUCCGUCGAGCCGGAUGUCAAGCUGAACAAACCCAACGGCGACGCCAGGCCGCUCAGGAGAGAGAGCAAAGGCUUCAGGAUAGGAUCAGCGCGAAGAGUGUUGGAUAGCGUGCUGACGAACGGUGACGUAGAACGUGGUAAGCUCCCGGCGCGGCUUCUGGCCGGCGACGGAGAUCCCGACUUCGGUACCCCAGUUUGAGCCUUCGCCGUUCGCCAUUAUCUCUUCACGUUUCCAUUUACGAUGGGUCUGCGCUGCCAUUUAGACCUCACAACGCUAGAUCACGCAUGCAUAUAUCUUUGAUGCAGAUAAUACAGCUUCAACCAUGAAGAAUAAACAUAAAACAGGUGGGUCAUAACUCCACAUGCCGUAAUAGAAUUGUUUAUAUUUGUAUAUCUUUUUUAAUUAUGAUACAAAAUAUACUUACAAACACUCUCAUGAAUAUUGCACAUCGGACGGUAGGCGUUUCUUAUUAUUUUAUAUCGUAC